AAGGUUGCAAACACAGCUGCGCCCCUCUCAAAAAAAAAAAAGAAACCUAUACCUGCGCUGUCGCUGUCCACCCGUCCGUCCGUCGUCGAUGGCGUCGUCGUCGCCGCCGGUCCGGCCAUGGGCGGACCUGCAGCACGACCUGCUCGUGAUGAUCAUGUCCCGGGUGGGCCUCCCCGAUCUCCUCUCCGGCGGCGCCACCCGCGCCUGCUCCGCAUGGCGGGCCUCGGCGCGCGACCCGCUCGUGUGGCGCCGCGUUGACCUCCGCGACUGGGCCGUCCUGACCUCGGCCCGGCGCCGGCUCGCUGCGGGAGACGGUGAAGCAGCAGCCGCCGGGCGCGGGCGUGUCCCUCUUCAAGCCGCUCUCUGCAGUGUGCUGGAGAUCGUCGUGCGGCGGGCGGCCGGUCGGAUGGAGGCCUUGCUCCUACCGGAGUUCGCCGAUGAGGAGCACCUCCUCUUCCUCGCUCAGAGGAAUCCAAAUCUGCACUAUUUCAGCCUUCCUGCCACAUGUAUAACUUAUGAUCAGUUCCGUAAGGCAAUUGACAAAUUACAAUUUCUUAAAGGCAUGGCAGUGGAUGAGGGUCUUAUUAAUCACGAUGUUCUCAGCCAUGUACAUCAGUGUUGUCCAGAUUUUCUGGAGUUGAAGGUGUUUGCUCUUUAUGUCGACGAAGAGAUGGCUUCAAUCAUUUGCAACUCCCUUCCACGUCUGAAGAAGCUUGAGAUACCAAACUCUGAUAUGUCUUGUGCUGCAAUAAUAAAAUUCCUUGAUUGCCUAGAGGAGCUUGAGUACUUGGACAUAUCUGGUUAUGAGACUUCGGCAAUAUCAAGUGCUGUGCUCCAAAAAGCUUCUCGGCUGAACAUCUUCAUCUGGAACUCAAAAUUUGAGCUUGGGGAGUUCACGGACUGUUCGAAUUGUGGUGAACAUUGCAUUAAUCCUCAAGAGCCUUGUAAGUGCGUGAUGGAGCACAGAGUCAUGGACUGGCUGGCUGGACCUUCACAACCUUCCUGAUGCAGUAAACUGUGACUUAAGUUAAAUUGACAAUCCUACCUGCUCGUCAAAUUUCAACAUUUGUCUGGGUUACUUGUCAAUCAAAUGGUGGGUAAGGUGGUACCACGCUUUGAUGUGCCUUAUGUGGCACUUUAUUUUGGAGUUUAAUAUGUAUGUGAUAUCACGAUUUCCAGCAUUUUAUUGUCAAUGAUGUCUUGUGAGAACGAAGCAACGCACGCUACUUGGUGCAGUGUUGAGCCUUGUUUUACAAUAAAUUUUAAGUCGUUGCAGUCUCUUGGGCCUGAGCGAGCUGGCAAACGCAUGGCUGUUCGGCUGUUCCGCCUGUGCAGAGUACUCUGCUUUGUACUCUUUUGUUAAGCAAAAGAUGCCCUGUGUUUCCUCGAGAGGCAUUUACGUUGGAGAUCUCCAUGAUUGCACUCUUUUUUUUUAAGUUCUUUUACUGUGGUCUGUGGAGUGUGGACUACUGCAUCGUGGUGUGAAUUCUUUUACCGCCUCCGCCUCCCCCUCGCGCCAUCGCCAUCGUCGUCUCCUUCGGCUCGCGUCGCCACUGCCGCCGCUUUCUCCACCGCCGUCGCCACCGCCUCCCCCUCGCGCCGCCACCUCCGCCUCCGCCUCCGCCUCCGUCUCCACCUCCGCCUCCGCCGCCGCCGUCGCGCCGCCAUCUCCGAGCUCCUCCGCCUCCCCCUCACAUCGUCGCCGUCGCGGAGCGGCGGUGAAGGCGGGUGCUAUCUCCAUCGGCGACGAGGUCGGAGCACCGACGACCACGCCACAGGUCCCAGUCUCCCUCGACCCUAGCAGCCGCCCUUAGCCCUCCGCCCUCUGCCGCCUCUGUCCCAUCCGCCGCCACCGUCUCCGUCUCCGUUUCCGUCUCCGCUCCGCCUGCGCCGUUGCCGAGCGUCUUUCCCUCGCGGCACGCCGUCGCCGUCGCUGGGUGCGCCACCUCUGCAUCCGCCUCCAUCUCACGCCGCCACUGCCGCCGUCGCUGCCGACCGCCGACGUCUGGAUCCGGCCUCUGGCUCGGCGGGGUCCAGCUCGGUGGUGAGGAGAUCCAAGGCCGUCGAGCGCAUCCUGGAUCUCCGGCACCAAUGACCGCGCGCAUGGAACUGGCAGUGGCAGUGAGGAGCACGGUGACGGCGCGCCAAUUUCUGAGAUAAGUUUUUUGCGGUUUGUACUAGAAAGAAUAGCCCUUCCAAUUUUUUCUGCGUCGCCCAUUGGAUGGGAGGAGGUUAGAAGAAGAUAGAGGCAGUGUUAUACAGGGUUCCACCGGGUGGCUUCUCAUGGAGGAUGCUGGUACAGGGAGUGGUGAAGCAUGGUGGAGGAUGCAAGACGGUGCGGUGCUCGAGAGGCGGGCGCGAGGUGAUGUCCGGAUGAGGUCGGCAUCGGGUGGGAAGAGGACGGUUUGGAGUUGCACUAAAUCAAAACCGCAUUUCAUCAAUGGUAUAGGGAGCUCCGUUUCAGAUUUGGGGAAGCACAGAACUUGUCCAUGUUUGAGGAUGGCACCGUUGUGUCAAAGUCCGAGGAGGCUGGAUUUACUUACUGUUAAAGAUGAUGAGAGGCCUCCUGUGAUUUACCUGUAGGAUCAUGUGAGAAUACACCAAUCUGCAGGCGGAAAAAAAAAGUUCAGAUUGUCGAAGCAAAGCUGACUGGACACCAUGCCAAUUGCUAUUGUUUACUGCACAAUCAAGGAGAUUUUUGGCUGAUUCUACUAAAUUUCUGUUUGGUAAAGGAUUACAAAUGAUUCCGAGCGCCACAGUCAGUCCUACAAGAUCAGCGUCGGCAGUCCUCUCUGCCCUGAUUAAGGAGUGCUUGAACAAGGUUGCCUAGACGGUGUUUUUCCUCGCUCAUCCUGAAAGCCCUGAUCCUGAAGGUUCAUUCCUUCUAUUACUGACAUCAUAACUGAAGCUUGCAACAGUUUAUGUGUCAUAUUAAUGCCAUUGCUCAGGUACUUUCAGUGAACAUGAAGCUUACUCAUAAGGAAUCAAACCAAUUGUGAAGAUAGCAGGAAUGGAUCCAAAUGGAUCGGCGUUUGAAGAACGCGCCCCAUUUCGAGACAUAACUAAUAUUUCUUCAGGCAACACUAAGCGUACGCUUGAGCUGUGUUUCUGUGCAAAGAAUGUUGAUCCAACAGCUGACUUGAAAAAGUAUAUCGAAGAUCUUGAGUGCCUAGACCGUUCAAGCAAAUUCUAUGCUGUUGCUGUGAAUAACACAUUCAUGAAGCAGGAUAGAGUUUACUUUACGAAAGAAUUUUCUAAAGACUACUUAAAGCCAUUGAUGGACGGCAAGGAAACCAUCAGCAUUGGAGUUCAAAUGGCAGGUGGUGUUUCAAAGAAUAUGAUGCUCCAGAUGUCAACGGAUGAUCGAUGCAACCUGAAGAAAGUAUGGGCAAAAUUUGCAACCCGCAAUCACAUAUACCUACAAUCACUAUGCACCUUCCAUUUCAACAAAACAACUCGCCUGGAAGCCACCUUCGAUGUUCUAUAAAGAACAUAGCAAUACUCAUGGCUAUGUUGCAGCCAUUCUUUUGCUGCCACCAACCAGGUUGAUCACUGUCAAGAUAACCUGUAUUAGUUCUAGGCCUUACAUGGUAAUCAUGGAACCUCCUAAUAUGAAGAAACAUCUAUAUAUGUACUUACUGCUAUUAGAGACCUCUAAAUAUCAAGAUGCCUGUGUGUAAUUUGUACUAUGGACACUUCCUCAUACUUUCUGCCCCUGCUUGCGUCCAGGCGGCGCGCCAACGGCGCGCCCCUAGCUCUAGUGUGCUUGUAUCAAUCAAACAAAAUGUUGACACAUACAGUUUGUGCUAAAUCUGAACAUAUUUUUCUUCA